AGAUCUCGUCUAAAGUCACGUGAACGUGUCCUUUUCUUCGAAGAAAGUGGAAGUUGGCAUCCCGGUGUUAAACCAACCAACAGAAAGUUCAGCAAAGAGAAAAAAUACAGACGGGUCGUUGAAUUGAAAACGCCCAAUAUGGGAAUAAAGUUUUUAGAGUUCGUGAAGCCUUUUUGUGCGGUUUUGCCUGAAAUAUCUAAACCAGAUCGCAAGAUUCAGUUCAGAGAAAAAGUACUAUGGACCGCCAUCACUCUCUUCAUUUUCUUGGUCUGCUGUCAGAUUCCCUUGUUUGGUAUCAUGUCCUCAGACUCAGCUGAUCCUUUCUAUUGGAUGAGAGUCAUCAUGGCCUCCAACAGAGGAACUUUGAUGGAGUUGGGAAUCUCACCAAUCGUGACCUCUGGUCUCAUCAUGCAGCUUCUGGCUGGUGCCAAAAUCAUUGAAGUUGGUGAUACCCCUAAAGAUCGUGCCCUCUUCAAUGGAGCCCAGAAACUGUUUGCUAUGGUGAUGACGGUUACACAGGCCAUUGUUUAUGUCAUGACUGGCAUGUACGGUGAACCAUCUGAAAUUGGAGCUGGUGUCUGUCUUCUCAUCAUCAUUCAGUUAUUUGUGGCUGGUCUGAUCGUAUCCCUACUGGACGAGCUGCUACAGAAAGGUUAUGGUUUGGGUUCUGGAAUCUCCCUCUUCAUUGCCACCAACAUCUGCGAGACCAUUGUCUGGAAGGCCUUCAGUCCAGCUACUGUCAACACUGGCAGAGGAACUGAAUUUGAAGGAGCUGUCAUUGCUUUAUUCCAUCUUCUGGCCACCAAGAAUGACAAAGUCCGAGCCCUGAGAGAAGCCUUCUACAGACAGAACCUCCCUAACCUCAUGAACCUUCUGGCUACAAUCCUUGUGUUUGGUAUUGUCAUAUACUUCCAGGGCUUCCGUGUUGACCUUCCAAUCAAAUCAGCCCGAUACAGGGGACAGUACAGCUCUUAUCCAAUCAAACUCUUCUAUACCUCCAAUAUCCCCAUCAUUCUCCAGUCUGCUCUUGUAUCAAAUCUCUAUCUUAUCUCACAGAUUUUGGCAACAAAGUUUAGUGGAAAUUUCUUGAUCAAUUUACUCGGAGUGUGGGCUGAUGUUGGGGGUGGCGGACCUGCCCGUUCCUAUCCCAUUGGGGGUCUCUGUUACUACCUGUCUCCACCAGAGACUCUGUCCCACGUCGUGGAGGAUCCUAUUCACGCUGUACUGUACAUGAUCUUCAUGCUGGGAUCUUGUGCAUUCUUCUCCAAAACCUGGAUUGAUGUGUCAGGCUCAAGUGCAAAGGAUGUUGCUAAACAACUGAAGGAGCAGCAGAUGGUAAUGCGAGGACAUAGAGAACAGUCUAUGAUUCAUGAGUUAAACCGUUACAUCCCCACCGCUGCAGCUUUUGGUGGUCUCUGUAUCGGAGCUCUGUCAGUUUUAGCCGAUUUCUUAGGGGCUAUUGGAAGUGGAACUGGUAUUUUGUUAGCUGUUACCAUUAUCUACCAGUAUUUUGAAAUCUUCGUUAAGGAACAGAGUGAAAUGGGUGGAAUGAGCACACUAUUAUUUUAAACAAAGACUAGACUUUAAAGACAUUAAAUCAUUUCUCCAUCAGCCUUUUCAUACAACUGACAGGACAUUUCAUUUUAAAGGUUUUAAAACACAUCAGUCAUACUGCUUCCCUUUGUUGAUAAGUGAGGAUGGAAUGAAUACUUUAUGUAAUUUAUUUUAAAAAAAAUAACCUUUAAAAAAAUUGUUUAUAUUUUGAACAGCUGUAUUUAUUUUUGUUUGAAUUGUAUAUAGAAAAAUAAUGUCAUAUUUACAUUUGUAUUUAUGACUAUAUUUAUCAUUUUUGAUAGUGAAAAAAACUAAAGUAUUAAAGAUGAAAGAUGGAAAGGAAAAGGUUGUUUAUUAAAGAAGCAUUGCAUGUAAGCUUUCACUCAGUUUUCUGGAAAAAAAGCUCUUAUUGUCAGUCCAAGGAAUCUGUUUUCUCACCGAGAUGCUUGAUUAGUGGUAAUGGUUCUUCAUUGUUGUGGUAACAAUGUAGGUUAUGUCUGGAAGAAUGAAGUGAAUAAGUGUGUUUCAUUAUAGAAUUUUUUUAUAUGUUACAAAAUGUGAGAAAGAAAAAUAAAAAUGGAGAAAAAAUGUU